AUGGAGUUUUGCCCGACGUGCGCGAUGCUGCUGCAGUACGAGCCGGCGAGGUCCGGGAAGAAGUCGAGGCUCUUCUGCCCUACCUGCCCCUACGUCUACCCCAUCAACGCUAAGGUAAUCGACGGCGGUCUUCCCUCACUCGCCAAGCACCGCCGGUUCGUCCAUCCUCCUCGUUGUCGACGGUUCCUGAUUCCCAUCUUGGAUUGUGGUUUCAGAUCGUGAAGAAGCAGAGGUUGCCUAAGAAGAAGGAGGUGGAGGCCAUCUUCAGCUGGGAGGAGGCGAUGAGAUCCGCUCCCAAGACUCAGGGUGAGAAAUCCAGAACCCUAUUCCUGUCUGCCCUCACCGUCCGUGAAAUCUCAGUUGUUCGGACAACCAUUGGAUGAUCCUCGAUCGACUAAACCCUGGAUGCUAAUCUCCUGAUCAUCAGAUUUUAUCCGUUUAAAUACCCGAAAAUGGAGAUACCAGUGGUUGCCAGAAAUAGGAAGCCGUGGAUAUAUAAUGUAGUGAACAAGACUGCUUCUCUGAUGAUGCACUCAUCCUGGAGUGUCCUGAGCUUGACAGAAAAAAUAUCUUCUGCGAAUUCUGAUACAUCUCAUAAUGUUUGCUCGUUAUGCUGAGAAGAAUAUGAAUGUGUUCUAAUUAUAGCUUCAGAAGCCUAUUGAGUUGGAAAUGGGGAGAAAGCGUAUUUCGCAGAGAGUGGAUUUAAGCGAUAAACCCCUUUCUGCCUCAAGAUUUUUUUUGCCCUUUUGAGGAAAUCCUUGCCUUAUUCCUUCCAUGAUAGAGGAACGUGGAGAAGAAUCAUGAGUAACAGUCCCAGAGUUGCGGAGCCACUUUAAAGCCUGACCUGACCCAACCAGUCACCUCUUUCCGCGGGUGAAAACACAAUGUUGAGGAAAGGUGGUGAUUUUAUCUCUGGGCUCUUGCAGGAGACCAUCCGCGACCGAAAUCAUUGCUGAACGCCUUAGUUAUGCGUGCUCAUGUAAAAACCAGCCUCUUGAUUAUAAAGGUUGAGCAUUAUCGAAGUUUGUUUAAUGGCUUCCCAAAACGAAUAUGAACUUAUUGGACAUCUAUGCUCCGACUUGGAAUGCUUCACACUGAAAAAUACAUGCUAAUGGAAAAUCCUAAUAGCUCUCUGCUUGUUCUGGUAAACAUAAAAACCCUGGAGCUUCUGUACUGUGACAGGAAUUGUAUUUUCUGGAUUGAUAUAAAUUAUGAUUCUCUUAAGAAUCCAAGAGACAAAGCAGGUGUUUAAUGGGUGUUCUUCACUAUGUUGUCUCUCCAUGCAGUGACAUGUCCGAGGUGCCAAGGUGGAGAAGCAUACUUCAGACAGAUGCAAAUCCGAUCUGCUGAUGAGCCGAUGACCACUUUCUACAUGUGCUGUAACGCUGGCUGCCGAUACGAGUGGCGGGAGGACUGA